AUGUAAAUGCCAGUGAAAUACACAAUGAUGACAAUGUACUCUAUUUUGUGGCCAAGUCUAAUUCUAGCACCAGCGCACAAAAUCAUACCACGAGUAUUGUCACAUUAAAUCCAGCUGAAAAUACAACAGAUACAAACCUGAUAGAAGGAUUUAUUGCAGCAGGUAUUGCUGUUGUAUUUUUUGGCAGCAACUUUGUUCCGGUUAAGAAGUUCAAAACUGGAGAUGGUUUAUUUUUCCAGUGGGUUUUUGUAUCGGCUAUUUGGAUAGUUGGAUUAGUAGUAAAUCUAGUCCGCCAUAAUCCAACGUUUUAUCCGCUGUCUAUGUUGGGUGGAUUUUUAUGGGCUACAGGUAAUAUAACUGUAGUACCAAUCAUAAAAACAAUUGGUCUUGGUCUUGGACUUUGUAUUUGGGGAUCUUUAAAUCUAUUAACAGGAUGGGCAAGUGGAAGGUUUGGCUGGUUUGGAAUUGGUAUAGAAGUCCCUAAUAAUCUAUUACUAAACUAUCUUGGUGUGGGCCUGGCUGUCUGCAG